CUCGACGACGGCCGCGGCCAUCGUGAUGGAGUAUUCUGGCCAGAUGAGCGAUGGGCUCAUGCAUGGACAAGGCAUGCUCGCGUAUCCGAACAAAGAGAAAUACACCGGAGACUUUGUGCGAGGGAAGCGCCAUGGCAUGGGUGUCAUGCAGUGCGAAGAUGGCAGUGUGUACACAGGCAUGUGGGAAAACGAUGUCAACCACGGCAUGGGCACACGGCAAUAUCCCAAUGGGAAUCGCUACGAAGGCGAGUGGGUGAACGGCAUGAUUAACGGCGAGGGCACGCUGCAUUAUUACGACGGGGAUUUUUACAAAGGGCAUUGGAAGGACGGCAAGAUGGAUGCGCAUGGCGUGUACCAGUUUCACAACGGCGACAGAUACGACGGCGAGUGGGUCGAGGACCAGCGGCACGGCCGCGGCACGAUAGUGUACAAGGGCGGCGACGGCCACAUCCACGAGAAAUAUGAAGGCGAGUGGUGCCGAGGCCAAAUGCAUGGAAACGGCGCGUACUGGUAUGGCGAUGGCAGUUUGUACGAAGGCGAGUGGAAAAGCGAUCAGAUGCACGGCAACGGCACGUAUGUGUACCACAACGGCAACAAGUACACUGGCGAAUGGGUUCACGACCUCAAACAAGGCCGGGGCGUGAUGGAGUUUACAAAUGGCGAAAAGUACGAUGGCAUGUGGCACAUGGAUGUGUUUCACGGGUUGGGGUGUUUUCGAGAUAUCUUGGGCCACACAUACACUUGCCAAUGGGUGGGUGGGAUCAAGCAAGGCAAGGGGGAGCUCGUGUUUAAGAACCGCGAUGUAUUUGUGGGCGAGUGGGGUCGCGAUGGCAACGUUGCGUGUGGCGUGCUCACGUUUGCAAAUGGCGACAAGUACGAGGGCCAGGUCGUGGGCUAUAUGCGCCAUGGCUCGGGCACGUUUUACUGCAAGACUGACGGCAAGAGCUACCAUGGUGAGUGGCAGCACAACAAGAAGCACGGCAGCGGUAGUCUGCGGUUCCCAAGUGGCGAAGUGCUGAGGGGCGAGUGGAAAGAAGGGAGUUUGGUUCCUGGCUCGUUGGUGCUGACGUUGGCCCCGGCAUCGCCGUGGCUCGAUCCAUUGUAUUAAAUUAAACCCCCCCCCGUCGUCG